AUGGGGGACCCUCCACCUGACCCCGAGCCCCCUUCUCAGCCGACCUCCAGCCGUAGGAGCUCUCAGGUCUCCGAGCGGCGGCGCACCAGGCCCUCGGUCGCGCCCCUGGUCCACGAGGAGCUGCAACAGAUACCGCUUGACCCCCAGAUCCUGCGCGGCAGUCGGGAGGCCCUGUCGAGCCAGAGCAAUCUCCGCGGCUGGCCACAGAGCACCAGCCUGACCCCAAACGAGAACCUGGUUUUCCAAGCUGAGGACUCGUACGUGAACCCGGGCUUUCCUGCAGAGGUGCAGCGCCAAGCUUACCUGAGCGAGGGCAGGCUCCAGGCCAGCCAAAACGCCAGCCUAAUGCAGCAGCUACAGCAGGGUGAAGGCAACCUAUUUCAGCAACUGGAGUCUGCCUACCCGGGGCCCCCGGCAGACCUCCUGGGCCAGUUCACCCUGUACCAGAGAGAAGACCUGCCGUUCAGCCAGGGCACAGAGCAUGGGCCCUACAUGACGGAUGACCCCACUCUCCAAUUCUCGCCCUCUGAGCUGGGCUUCAUGUCCUUCAAUAUGGAGUUGCCUGAGCCAGAACCUCGCGAGCUGGCCGUGCAGAAUGCCAAGGCCUACCUGCUGCAGACCAGCAUCAAUAGCGACCUCAGCCUGUAUGAGCACCUGGUGAACCUGCUGACCAAGAUCCUGAACCAGAGGCCGGAGGACCCCUUGUUCCUCCUGGAGUCGCUGAACCGCACCACUCAGUGGGAAUGGUUCCACCCCAAGUUGGACACGCUUCGGGACGACCCCGAGAUGCAGCCCACCUACGAGAUGGCCGAGAGGCAGAGGGCGCUGUUCAGCCGGAGCGGCGGCGGCGAGGGCGAGCAGGAGAUGGAGGAGGAGGUGGCUGAGACCGCGGUGCCCAACAUCAUGGAGAAGGCCUUCUACUUCGAGCAGGCCGGCGUGGGCCUGAGCUCCGAUGAGAGUUUCCGCAUCUUCAUGGCCCUGAAGCAGCUGGUGGAGCAGCAGCCCAUCCACACUUGCCGCUUCUGGGGCAAGAUCCUGGGGCUCAGUCGCAGCUACCUGGUGGCCGAGGUGGAAUUCCGGGAGGGCGAAGAGGAGGCGGAGGAGGAAGAGCUGGAGGAGAUGACAGAGGGCGGCGAGGUGAUGGAGGCGCACGACGAGGAGGAGGGUGACGAGGACGAAGACAAGGUCAUGGACGUCAUCCCCAAGCCCACAUGGAAGCCGCCGCCCGUCAUCCCCAAGGAAGAGAGCCGAAUCGGCACCAACAGAUACCUGUAUUUCGUUUGCAACGAGCCGGGCCGGCCGUGGAUGCGGCUGCCCCACGUCACGCCGAUCCAGAUCGUGCAGGCCCGCAAGAUCAGGAAGUUCUUCACGGGUUACCUGGACGCGCCGGUCAUCAGCUACCCGCCCUUCCCGGGCAACGAGGCCAACUACCUGCGGGCCCAGAUCGCUCGCAUCUCUGCCGCCACACACAUCAGUCCGCUUGGCUUCUACCAGUUUGGCGAGGAGGAGGGCGACGAAGAGGAGGAGGGCGGAGCCGGGCGCGACUCCUACGAGGAGAACCCCGAUUUUGAGGGCAUCCCAGUCCUCGAGCUGGUGGAUUCCAUGGCCAACUGGGUGCACCACACGCAGCACAUCCUGCCGCAGGGCCGCUGCACUUGGGUGAACCCUUUGCAGAAGACAGAAGAGGAGGAGGAGUUGGGGGAGGAGGAAGAGAAGGCAGAUGAAGGCAUAGAGGAAGUGGAGCAGGAGGUCGGACCCCCGCUGCUGACCCCGCUCUCAGAAGACGCAGAAAUCAUGCACAUGGCACCGUGGACCGCCCGCCUGUCCUGCACCGUCAGCCCGCAGUAUUCCGUGGCGGUCGUGCGCUCCAAUCUCUGGCCAGGGGCCUAUGCCUACGCCAGUGGCAAGAAAUUUGAGAACAUCUACAUUGGCUGGGGCCACAAGUACAGUCCUGAGAACUUCAACCCAUCCCUGCCAGCCCCCAUUCAGCACGAGUACCCCAGCGGCCCGGACACGAUAGAGAUGAGCGACCCCACAGUGGAGGAGGAGCAGGCCCUGAAGGCUGCCCAGGAGCAGGCCCUGGCGGCUGCGGAAGAAGAGGAAGAAGACGAAGAGGAAGAUGAGGAUGAGGACCAGGAUGACUGA